CCGGGAGGCCGUCUCGGAGUUUGGAGCAUUGGCCGGGGCUCCGCUUGGGCUGGAGGGAGGGGGCUGAGGAGGCUGCGGAGUCGGAAUCCCACCCAGCCAGACGGAGACGGGAGGAUUUGCUAAGAGGUCCCUUUCCUCCCCUAGGAAAGCCAGCCAGCCAGCCGGCCGGCCGGCCAGCCAGACAGACCCUGAAGGAUUCCCCGCAAACUUUGCGGCGCGUCUCUCCCGCAGCCUCCCAUGGUCCGAACUGGAACUGGCGCGGGACGGGACCCCUUGCACGGUGCAGCCGGCGCGGUUCUCUUUGGCCAGGAACAAAACGGUUUUGCUGGACUCAAGCACACCUAACUGUCAUGGGUAUGGGAAGACUCACAAUGCAAUCAGAGCUCAGCACUUACUCUUUAUUGGGAUCGAGGACACAGGCAUCCCAAUUCAAUGCAUAUUCAGCUUUGAAGUCCCACUAAAUUCAAUGGGACAAUCCCAAGUGAAGUAAGUAAAACAGACAAUAUUUAAGAUAUUAAUUUCUGGAUUUGAAGAUGGAAGCCUUUCAUUUUGGGAUUAUCCUGGCGCUUUUAAUACCUGGAUUGGUCUUCUGUGAUGAUCCCAACAGACACUAUGCAAAUCUUACAGACUCUGGAAACUAUUUCACAACUUACUCUGGAAUAGAACCCAAAUUACUUUUUGCUACCAGUGAACCCAGUCAGCGGAUACAGCCUAACAAAACUAUUCUUUGUGAACAGCGUACUAAAUUUAAUCACGCUUUCAAAUAUAUCAACACAGUGCUAUCGUGUGCCAUUUUCAUCAUUGGGCUGGUUGGAAAUGUAACUCUGUUGAGGAUUAUCUACCAGAACAAAUGUAUGAGGAAUGGCCCCAAUGCGCUAAUAGCUAGCUUAGCACUAGGAGACCUCAUCUACAUAAUCAUCGAUAUCCCAAUUACAACAUAUAAGCUUCAUGCUGAAAGCUUUCCCUUUCUAAACACAAAUUUUGGAUAUUUUCUUUGCAAAUGUGUUCCCUUUAUUCAGAAGGCUUCUGUUGGAAUCACAGUCCUUAACCUCUGUGCUUUGAGUGUGGACAGGUACAGAGCAGUUGCUUCUUGGAGUCGUGUGCAGGGAAUUGGAGUCCCCUUGAUUACUGCUAUUGAAAUCAUUGGCAUUUGGAUCCUUUCUUUUUUUCUGGCUAUCCCUGAAGCACUUAGCUUUACUACUGUAUCUUUUGAGUACAGAGGAAAAUUCUAUGUUGCCUGCAUGCUCCGGCCUACUAAUGCAUUUUUGGAGUUUUACAGAAAUGUAAAGGACUGGUGGCUGUUCGGUUUCUAUUUCUGUGUACCGCUUGGAUGCACUGCGAUCUUCUACUCCCUAAUGACAUGUGAAAUGCUUAACAGGAAGAACAGAAAUUUGAGAAUAGCUCUCAAUGAACAUCUGAAGCAGCGACGAGAAGUUGCAAAGACAGUUUUCUGUUUAGUUGUGAUUUUUGCCCUUUGCUGGUUUCCUCUUCACUUGAGUCGGCUUCUGAAGAAACUGAUGGACAAAGAAAUGACCCCAACCAGAUGUGAAUUUCUCUGCUUUUUGCUGGCGUUUGAUUAUAUCAGCAUGAAUCUAGCAGCCAUAAAUUCCUGCAUAAAUCCUAUAGCACUCUAUUUCGUUAGCAAGAAGUUCAAAAACUGUUUCCAGUCAUGCCUCUGCUGUUUGUGCUACCCGAAUGGAUGCCAAACAACAUCUGUUUCUAUGAAUGGAACAAGUAUUCAGUGGAAGAACAAUGAAUUGAACAAUCACAACACAGAACGAAGCAUCCACAAGGACAGCUUAAAUUCAACAGAAACGGCGCUGCGCUAUCCAAGGAGAUGCAGUAAAUUUUUUAAGCAAGACAUUUUCUAAGAUUCAACGAAAAAUAUAUAUUUCAAACAGAAGUAUUUGAUUCCUUGGCGCUUAAUUCCAAAGAUGACCAAAUAGACUGGACAUACCUUGGUGUGGUUCUGUAUAGAUUUCCAAAUGGAGGUAUGGACCUUACAAUAAUAAAUUGACCUCAUGGUGGUAAGAAGAAUCCAUAGAGUGUUUUGCUGCAUGUGUGCCAACUGCAGAUGGAACUUCUUAAUACCUAAAUCUUUUUAAAAAUUUGAUGGUAAGUCAGAAUUAAUAAUGGUGGAUUUUCAAAAAUGAAGACCUGACAUUGCUUAGUGGUGUCAUUUAUACCUUGGUUGUUCUUUUAGCAGGAAAUAUGUUAGUAAAUAUAUUCACAGUUUAAAUCAAUUUCAGUGUGAAUUUUGAAAAGCUUUCUGUAUAUAUUUAUGACAACAUUUUAGUUAUGAAUAUUGCAAAUGAGAUAUUACUAUUUGUAGCAACUGAUUAAUAUUUUGCUAGCCACUGAUAAAAUUUAUAGGAAUGUAUCUGAAAUAGCAGCAAUAUUAGAUUCCUAUAUUAAAAAUGGAUGUCCCAAACAUAUCACUGUAUAAUAGUUUGACAAACACUUUAUAAAGCAGGUAUAUUUCUAUAAAUCAGCAUCAAUGUAAUCCUUUAUGAAAGCAUAUGUGAAGAUCCAUUCAUCACCCUCUGCUUAUAUUUUAGCAUUCUUACUAGAUCAUAAACCUAGAAAUCCAGCAUAUUCUGUUAUGACCACUGAAGAGCAGUAUGAAUGGCUCAGGUAACAGAUCAGCACCAAAACCAUUUACAAGAGUGCUUAUAGCCAUUAAAAACUAAAUAUCCAGCAGGAGAACAGUGUACACAAGAAGAUAAUCUGAAUAACAAAAUUUGCAUUAUCUGGCUAACAAGCCUUGUUCAGUUUCUGGGAAAGCAGAAUAAAUAAACAAAAUAAAUAAACCUCUGCAGCUGCAAUUUGCUUGUAUUUUUGUGUCUUUAUGAAGGUAACUAAUUAUUUAAUACAGGUCACUCAGAUAAAGUGGCUGGGCAUAGAUAGAUUCUAGAGGAGGCACUGGCUCUACCACCUUUAGCUUGAAGAGCUAAACAUAAAUAACUGACAUCUCCACUAAUGAUCCAAACAUGCAUCAAAAUGAUCCAAAUAUGCAUCCCAUACCCAGCCUGUUUGAUAUACAGUACAAUAUCAAUGGGGAACAUGCAUCCUAGGUAUGAUUCAGCAAGCAGUCUCCUGAGUGUGACAUCCAUACUAUUUUAUAGUUGACCAGUGUUUCCAUGUUGUAAUUGGCCUCCCCCUCCACUUAAAUAUUGCAGUACGAAGUGCAUAUCCACAAUGUUCAAGACAGUUUUAGGAGGACUGCCAUGUUGGUCUGUGGUAGAAGGCCUAGAUUUGAGUGUACUAGCUCUUUAGAGACCAAUUCCGUUUUAGGGUAUAAGCUGUUAAGUCAAAGCUGCCUUCAUCAGAUGUCUGACAAAGGGAGCUUUGACUUUCAAAUAUUCAAGAUCUUUCUCAAUGUCUGUGCCACAUGAAGACUCCUAAGGACAGUUACACGUUGCUGCAUCCAUUGAAGUUAGGGUUCAGGCAGCCCAAUCCAUACCCUGAGGUGACUGGGGUGGCUGCUGCUGCUGCUGUGCCACUCCACUGCCUCUAGAGGCAGUGCAGGGAGACAAGAAAAACUCAAAAUCCUCUGGCGCCUGAAAGCUCUCCACAGGGCUAAAUAGACUUAUGCCACCUGUUUGAUUGACAUAAGUCCAAUUCUCUCACCAUAAGUGUUCCUGGGGCCAACUCCAGUGGGAGCCGAUUAAGUAUCAGUUCCACCUCCAGGGACACCUUUGGAAUUCCCCCAGCUGUGCCAGCCUCCACACUAAGCCAGCACGACUCUGAAUCGGUGGCCAGAAGCUAGUUGGGCACUGUGGAGCUCCUCAGCACCCGCCUGCCUUCCAUUUCACUCUCCCCAGCAGUGCAAUUGCCACUUGCACCGGCAGGAUGGGCAAAUGUGCUUGUGCGAGGUUGAACUUGUUACAAAAGCUGAUUUCCCCCCCUCCCCCAAUUGGUUUGUCAGAAUUAUAUUAUUUUUUUAAGGAUUGCACUAACAGUGGCUUGAUUCAUAUUGUCACUUCCAAAUCAGGACUACCAAGUUCAUCAGAGAGAAUUUCAGUUGUGUCACAGCUCUCCUCUGAGUUUCAUCAAUUAGGUAUAUUUACCAACAAAUGUUGAUCAUCUAAAUCAGUUAUAAAAAGUAAAGUGGUUCUUGGCUGAGCCAGAGUAAAUGACAAUGGCUCCAAUCCCGUUGCCUGUUAUGAGUAGCAAAGUCCUAUUAGCUUUAACAGAAAUUCUAAAUCAGUAACUAUAGUUGCCGCCAAUGUACCCAGUGGGCAUUUCCACAAAAAAAUGAUUAAACCCUGAAAUCAUUUCUAUUAUACUCUGUAUAUUUCAGUGUUUUAGGCAUAUCUCAAUGUUCAGAAUUAAUUUGCAACAAUUAUAAAUAAGUCAGACUACUAUUGGAGGUCAUGGAGAAAUAGUAUGAUGUGUCAUUUUUUUUCCAGGUUUGUGCUUUUAUAGUUGAUGCAGAUGACUCUGACUUCCUUCCAAAGGAAAUGAUGAUUCAUAAAUACAAUAAUAUAAAUGUGAAAUCUGAAUUCAUGUAAAUGAAUUAUUGCUUCCUCAUUGUUGUCAUAAGCUCUAUUGGGUGGCCAUUAUUUGCCUGUUAUUGCUAAACAGGUAGCAUUUUAUUAGCCAGCAAAAUGAAUUAUAGCAACGUAGUAUAUGAUGUGCAUGGUACAUAAAAGCUCCAGGAGAUUUAUAGUAACUGCUCUGCUAGGCUUAGGAAAACAGUCAUGUGGCAUGGAACAGCUAGCUGUAUUUCAAGCGGAAGACACAAUUUUGUGCAUAAUUUACAAGGUCAAAUGCAAAGUGUGUAUAACUAUAUCUGCUGAACAAUUUCCAGAAUGUUUACAAACAACACAGAACAUGUUAAUUUGUGGGUGGGGUGUGUGUGUGUGUAUGUGUGAAUAUAUAUUACCUUUGUCUGGUUAUAUACAUAUGUAUGUGUUAAUGUCUCCAAGCAAAAUAUAAUGUAUUGGCAUUUGUAAUAAUAUGUAAGAGCAUGAUAUAGAUGAAGCAUGAUAUAGAUGAGGACUUUUCCCCCCUCAGAGUCUCAACAUGACAACAUGGCAAUAUAAAUAAGUUUUUUUUUCUG